AUGCGCAGAGAGGAUGAUCCUCAAUAUGCGGACGAUCCGGAGUUCCAACGGUUAUCGCAAGAUCUUAUGACGAAGCUCUUCUCAUUGACAGGAAAUAUCUCGAGACUUUCAAAUGAGAUAAAUUUACUGGGAACAAAGAGAGAUACGGAGAGGGUUCGGGAAAGAGUGCACGAUCUUUUGGAAGAGUCAAAGGACACCUUCAAGGAGGUUGGCGAUGGCGUCAAGAAGAUACAAUCAUGGGAGGAUGUCAGUCGCCGGGCACUUGAGAAGCAGCGAUCUUCUGCCACAGCGGCACGAACGGCCAUGGAAGAAGCACAAUCACCAGGGGCUGAGGGCGGAAAUCGAUUCGGCCAGCAACAAUCUCAGGAACAGCUUAGGUUAGCUUCGCAAGACGAGGUGGAUUUCCAAGAUUCGUUGAUUGUAGAACGUGAGGCCGAGAUCCGGAAUAUCGAACAGGGUGUCACUGAACUGAACGAAUUAUUCCGAGAUGUUGCACAUAUUGUCAAUGAACAAGGUGAGACCCUCGAUACAAUUGCCAACAAUGUGGAAAACGUGCAUUCGGAUACAAGAGGGGCAGAUCUGGAACUGAGGAGUGCUGCAAGAUAUCAAAAGAAUGCUCGGUCGAAGGCUUGUUGCCUGCUAUUGAUAUUGGCCAUCAUCCUCACUAUCAUCAUAUUGGCAGCCACUCUUGGCUAG